UUGAGAAGAGCUGGAAAAGCUGCCUCUUCAGCCUGGAUCUCAGAAUAACAAGCACAGCCAGACCGGCAGCCUGAGACAGCCGUGUGGUUCCCAGCUUCUAGCAAACAGCUCUCAGCCAAUGCAGCACAGACAAGUUAUGAUACCUCUUCCAACCUUACUGUAAAGUCACAAGAACACCUAAAAAGGAAUAAUAUGAGACUUAGUACCUCUAAAAUCAUCACCAUCAUCACCUUCUUUCUGAUUAUUCUAAUAAUUACAUUGACCACAAUUUUAACAGAAAAACACGAAUCUUCCACUGAACACAAAUGCCUGGAUGGCUGGAUUGGUUACCUAGGAAAGUGCUUCUAUUUUUCUGAAAAUACAACCACCUGGGCAGCAAGCCAAAACUUCUGUGUCUCUCAUGCAGCAACUCUUGCUGUGUUCAACACCACAAAAGAACUGGAUUUCCUGAAGCGAUAUUCUGAACAUUCUCACUAUUGGAUUGGACUGAGCCGAAAACCAGGACAGACCUGGAAGUGGGCAGAUGGAAGCACCUACAGUGAUUGGUUUCAAGAAAUCGGAAAGGGAGAAUGUGCCUAUCUACACAAAUCUGGGAUUAGUGGUUCCAGUACCCAUUUGGUUAGAAAAUGGAUUUGCAGCAAACCGGACACACGUAUUCCAAGAAGUUAAGACAUCAUAGACCUAAGAUCUUUUACAUAAAAUAUAGCUUUUAUUUUCCUUAUAAGAAAUAUGUUAUAUUAACAUAAAAGUACAUGAAAUUAAUGUUUAGAAAUUUUUAUUGAUGUUUCACUCUAAAUCUCUAAAUUAAUUUGUUAUAAAUUUACUAAAUUCUUGGCAUUCAAGAA